AUGCGCUGCAGCUCCUGCCGCACGUUUGCAACGAAUGUAGCCCAUCGCUCACGGCCCACCACACCUUUCACCAGCGCAUCGCGACGAUGUCUUGCCACAGUGCAGCCAGCGAAGAAGAAGAAAGCUAGCAAGAAGGAUGCGACGGGCCUCAACAUCCCCUCGGAAGCCCGCUUCAACGAAAUCGGCGUGCAGCAACUCUCCAGCCAUGUCCACUCCCAAGUCUUCCCCGGCGCAAGCACUUCACCGCCGCCCGAACUCGUCGCCCUUUCGCGGGACCACCUCACCCGCCAUGACCUGCUCGGCAAGAACCAGGACUCGACCCCGCCCGUGGGCUUCGACGUGCCCGAACUGCAGGGCGCCACGCUGGACGAGCACUUCUACAAGCUCGGCAUGGACGCUGCGGAGCCAUAUCUCACCAUGACGAAGAAGCUGGCAUGGGCGAACCCCCCACCGAAACCCCGCAAGUGGGUGCGGCGGAGUGGCUGGACCAAGUACAACAGCGACGGCACCACCGAAGCAGUAGACGCACCGGACGAGACGCUGCUCACCUUUGACACCGAGGUCAUGUGGAAAGAGACGUCUUUUGCGUGCAUGGCAUGCGCCGUCAGUCCAACGACAUGGUAUGCAUGGCUGUCACCGUGGCUGCUGGGAGAGUCCGACUCGGAUCGCCACCUUAUUCCCCUCGGCGACACAUCGCAGCACCGGAUCAUAGUCGGACACAAUGUUGGAUACGACCGAGCACGAAUAGCGGAAGAGUACAGCAUUGCACAAUCAAACAACUGCUUCGUUGACACCAUGUCACUACACGUUGCCUCCAACGGCAUGUGCUCACGGCAGCGGCCGUCGUGGAUGAAGCACAAGAAGAGCCGCGAGCUGCGAGACAAGAUCGCCACCAACGAAGAAAAUGCUGAGCUAUCGCAUCUACUAGACUCCGGAGCGAUACCAGACGAAGAGGAGGAGCUGUGGAUUGGACGAAGUGCUGUCAACUCGCUCCGAGAGGUGGCCAAGUUCCACUGCAACAUCACAAUCGACAAACAACGGCGGGAGUACUUUGGAGAACUGGACAGGACCGGCAUUUGUGAAAAGUUGGACGAGCUCUUGGAUUACUGUGCAGCAGACGUCGAAAUUACACAUCGAGUCUACCAAAAAGUGUUUCCCUUGUUCAUCGAGACAUGUCCCCAUCCUGUCAGUUUUGCUGCUCUCCGUCUAUUGGCUGCCGAGAUCCUCCCUGUCAAUGAAACGUGGGACGCUUACAUUCACAAUGCGGAAGCAACAUAUAACCACCUCAAUACUGCCGUCCGAGAACGCCUCGUGGCCCUGACCGACAAAGCGCUUGAGGUCAAGGACCAGCCAGAGGUAUACGAAAAUGACCCAUGGCUAAGCCAGUUGGACUGGUCUGGUCAGGAGAUUAAGAUGGUCAAAGGGAAGAAGAAGAACGACCCGCCGCGGCCAGCAGCAAGACAAAAAAUGCCAGGCAUGCCCAAGUGGUACAAGGAUCUUUUCACCAAGAGUGACGGACCGAUGAAUUUGACCGUUCGCACACGCAUCGCGCCCAUCUUGCUGAAGCUCUCCUGGGACGGCUAUCCACUUGUCUGGUCAGACAAGCAUGGCUGGACGUACCAAGUCCCAAUGGAUGAGGUAUUUGCCUACAAUGAGAGGGGCAUGAAAGAGCUAGACAUGUCAGAAGAGGAGAAUCUGAAGUUGCGCGACGCUACCCAAUACGUAUAUUACAAGAUACCACACAAAGAUGGCCCACAAGCUCGAUGCGCAAACCCAUUAGCGAAGGGCUACCUGCAAUACUUUGAAAAGGGCAAGCUGACGUCAGAGUAUGCAUAUGCCAAAGAGGCUCUCGAGAUGAACGCCUCGUGUUCGUAUUGGAUCAGCGCCCGAGACAGGAUCACGUCGCAAAUGGUUGUCUACAACAACGAGGUUCCGGGUGCAUCCGACUUGACAUCAUCGUCUCCCGAAGGUCCCGAGAACAAAGUGGGCUUCAUACUCCCGCAGAUUAUACCAAUGGGCACUGUCACUCGGAGAAGUGUCGAGAAUACGUGGUUAACGGCAAGCAACGCCAAGAAGAACCGAGUUGGUUCAGAGCUGAAAUCCAUGGUCCGAGCACCAAAGGGUUAUUGCUUCGUCGGAGCAGAUGUCGAUUCGGAAGAGCUCUGGAUUGCCAGUCUGGUCGGCGACGCCACUUUCAAACUGCAUGGCGGUAACGCUAUUGGCUUCAUGACACUUGAAGGUACAAAAGCUGCAGGUACCGACUUGCACUCUCGAACAGCUGGCAUUCUAGGCAUCUCGCGCAACGAUGCCAAGGUCUUCAACUAUGGUCGCAUCUACGGUGCUGGUCUGAAAUUUGCUUCGACUCUGCUACGGCAAUUUAACCCUAGCUUGACCGAGUCUCAAACUUCAAAAACCGCCAACGACCUUUACCAAGACACAAAAGGCAAGAAGACCAAUAGGAAAAUGUUGCACGAGCGUCCGUUCUGGCGCGGCGGUACGGAAUCCUUCGUCUUCAACAAACUUGAAGACUUUGCCGAACAAGAACGCCCGCGAACACCAGUCCUCGGCGCCGCCAUUACUGAAGCUCUGCAGCGUCGAUAUCUUUCCAAGGGUGGCUUCAUGACAUCUCGCAUCAACUGGGCCAUUCAGUCGUCUGGCGUUGACUACCUCCACCUCCUGACCGUGUCCAUGGACUACCUCACGCGCCGCUACAAUCUCGACGCCCGCCUCGCCAUCACCGUGCACGACGAAAUCCGCUACCUAGUCAAAAGCGCGGACAAAUACCGCGCCGCCAUGGCGCUCCAAGUCGCCAACCUCUGGACGCGCGCCAUGUUCAGCCAACAAAUGGGCAUCAACGAACUGCCCCAAUCAUGCGCAUAUUUCUCCGCCAUCGACAUCGAUCCACGUCCUGCGGCCCUUCUCAAACCCUCGGUCAAGCCUAAGAACCCCCCACAGCCGCAGAAAUACGCAGCCUCGUACACGCCACGCACACCAGUCAUGUCCUCGCUCGGCGACGCAAACCCCACCUCCCCAGCGUCCAUUGCAUACAUCAAAGCGCAAAUAUCCUCCUCGGACAAAGAACUCUGGGACACGAUGAAGCCUUUGCGCCCCGCUGCUGCGAAGAAGACGAAGAAAGUGGUCAAGGAGGUCGAGGACGAGGAAAUGGAAAUCAGCCAGAAUAUCUCGCAUUAUCAGCAGAUGGCGCAGCUUAUGCCCGUCGAUGUGGACGUGGAGCAGGCGUGGGGCGAGAUGUACAGGCUCGCGGGCAGUGUGGGGAGCAGGAAGGGAGAGCGGGGUUUGGGAGGAAUUAUAGUGUGCAUCCGAAGGAGUUCUGGGGUGAGGGUUGCGAGAGGUUUGAUGCCUUUUCUCUUUUGCGUAGUACUUGUUGUAUGA